AUGUCGGAGAGAGAGAUCUGCGAGGAGACGGCGACCCCGGCGCCACCACAGGUGCUGCCGCGCAAGCGUGCAGCGUCUACGGAGCUGGAGAACGCCUCCAGCUCCAAGGCGGCACGAAAGUACACAGGGCCUGAGUACGAGAACAUGUCCGUGGAGAAGAAGUUGGAGACCAGCGAGUCGGAGCACUACGAUGCGGGCAUGUACAUGAUGGUGCUCCAUCAAAAGAACCAGCGAGCCGAGCAGAAGAUCCAGCAUCUCGAAGAGCUUCUCAAAACCACCAAUCCCGACAUCAGCAAGUUGAGGGAGCAGUACAAGGCGAAGUUGGACCAGGAGGUGGAGAAGAUGAAGGCGAAGGACGACAAGGCCAAGAAGCUGAACAGGGGCCUGUUGACGGAUCUCAACAAGAAGGACGUCGAGAUCGGAAACCUCCUCGCAAGCAACGGCCACCUCCUCGCCGGCAACAACCACAAGGACCUCGUUAUCGAAGGACUCAGUUAUCGUGUCAGCGACGCAUACCACCAAGCCUCCGAACAGCAGAACGCAUUCCAGGAGCUCCGCGAAGACCUCAACGACCACAUCAACAAGGCAGCGGAGACACAUCUCGAGUAUAACAACAAGCUGCAGCACGAGAUCAGGAGGUACAACUUGAUCAGUAACAAAGCCACCGAGAUGAAGAUCGAGCUGGUUCGUGAGCGCAUGAGCAUGUUCACCCUGAUCGAGUCAGACGGGCGCAAGGAUGAGGAGAUGCGUGGGUUGCAGAUGAAGCUGGAGAUGAUGGAGGAAGGCUAUGGCGGGUGA